UGUCCCAGAACACACUGCGGAAUUUGAGCAGUGUGUAUGUGAAGCUGAGAGAGAGAGAGAGGGUUAGAUUUAGGAAUUCGUCUGCAAACUUGGUGCUGCAGUGUUACAGAAAAAUGGCCUAGCCGUCCAGCUAACUGCUCCGUUAUUUUGUGUUCUUCUUCGUGGUGACACCGAUACGUCUGAGCAGCAGCCUCCACAGCAAACCCCCAGCCCCCCCCCCCCACCUGAGUCUGGCAACAGGCAGAGCAGGAUGGAGGCGUCAUUCGGCCCUACCUUCUCACCUGUGGCACCUGGAGCAAAAGCAGAAGGGUCAAGCAGUUACAAGCAGCACAGAAGAACUCCCUCCUCCUCAAGCACUCUGAACUACUCUCCCCGGGAUGACGACGACGGGAUGCCUCCUAUUACUCCUCGGAGGUCCGAUUCAGCCAUCUCAAUCCGAUCCCUCCACUCGGAAUCCAACAUGUCCCUGCGCUCCACUUUCUCUCUUCACGAAGAGGAGGAGGACACGGAGCCCCAGGUGUUUGCUGAACAGCCGUCUGUAAAGCUGUGCUGCCAGCUGUGCUGUAACGUCUUCAAGGACCCCGUCAUCACCACAUGUGGGCACACCUUCUGCCGACGAUGUGCCUUGACUUCAGACAAGUGCCCCGUGGACGCGGCCAAGCUGACGGUCGUGGUCAACAACAUCGCGGUAGCCGAGCAGAUCGGAGAGCUCUUCAUUCACUGUAAAUACGGCUGCAGGGCGGCGGCCAGCGCGGCAGGAGGGGCGGCGGCCUCCCCCUCCAUAGUGGCCGGAAAGCCCGGGGCGUACGAGGUGGACCCGCUCGGCUGCCCCUUCACCAUCAAGCUGUCCACGCGCAAAGAACACGAGGCCAGCUGCGACUACAGGCCGGUCCGCUGCCCCAACAACCCGUCCUGCCCCCCCCUGCUCACCAUGAACCUGGAGGCUCACCUCAAAGAGUGCGAGCACAUCAAGUGUCCGCACUCUAAGUAUGGCUGUACGUUCAUCGGUAACCAGGAUACGUAUGAAACCCACCUGGAGGUGUGUAAAUUUGAGGGCCUGAAGGAGUUUCUGCAGCAGACGGAUGACCGGUUCCAUGAGAUGCAGCUGACUCUGGCCCAGAAGGAUCAGGACAUUGCUUUCCUGCGCUCCAUGCUGGGCAAACUGUCUGAGAAGUUAGAUCAGCUGGAGAAGAACCUGGAGCUCAAAUUUGAUGUGUUGGAUGAGAACCAGAGUAAACUCAGCGAGGACCUGAUGGAGUUCCGUAGAGAUGCCUCCAUGCUCAACGAUGAGUUGUCCCACAUCAACGCCAGGCUCAACAUGGGAAUCCUGGGAUCGUACGACCCCCAGCAGAUCUUCAAGUGUAAGGGGACAUUCGUUGGCCACCAGGGUCCCGUCUGGUGUCUGUGUGUCUACUCCACCGGAGACCUGCUCUUCUCUGGAUCCUCCGAUAAGACCAUCAAGGUGUGGGACACCUGCACCACCUACAAGUGUCAGAAAACCCUCGAGGGUCACGAUGGCAUCGUUCUGGCGCUGUGCAUCCAAGGAAACCGGCUGUACAGUGGCUCUGCCGAUUGCACCAUCAUCGUGUGGGACAUCCAGACCCUGCAGAAAGUCAAUACCAUCCGUGCCCAUGACAACCCUGUAUGCACGCUGGUCUCCUCCCACAACAUGUUGUUCAGCGGCUCCCUCAAGGCCAUCAAGGUGUGGGACAUCGUUGUUACGGAGCUGAAGCUGAAGAAGGAGCUGACCGGUCUGAACCACUGGGUCAGAGCGCUGGUGGCCUCCCAGAACCACCUGUACAGCGGCUCAUAUCAGACCAUCAAGAUUUGGGACAUCCGCUCUUUGGAAUGUGUUCAUGUCCUGCAGACCAGCGGGGGCAGCGUCUACUCCAUCGCCGUCACAAACCACCACAUCGUCUGCGGCACCUAUGAAAACCUCAUCCACGUGUGGGACAUAGAGUCCAAAGAGCAGGUGCGGACCCUCACGGGUCACGUGGGGACCGUUUACGCCCUCGCCGUCAUCUCCACUCCGGACCAGACCAAAGUGUUCAGCGCGUCCUACGACCGCUCACUCAGGGUGUGGAGCAUGGACAACAUGAUCUGCACCCAGACCCUGCUCAGACACCAGGGCAGUGUGACGGCUCUGGCCGUCUCCAGGGGACGCCUCUUCUCUGGAGCCGUGGACAGCACCGUCAAGGUGUGGACGUGCUGAACGAGUCCAGUCAAGUCUUCUAUGACUGGUCCCCUUUUCACAUGAUCUCCUCCCCCACACCGGUUCCUUUGAUCGAGAUUCAAACCCCACAGACUAACAACAACAACAACAACAACAGCAGCAGCCGUCAGUACUGUGGAGCCGCACGGGGAACCGCUUCACUGGGUGACGCUUCUAACUGGGUCGUCGGCCUCGAGGGUCAACGCGGGGCCACGCUCCUGGCGCUCCUGGCAGUCUCACGGCUGCUUUCCCAAACCUUCAGAGAUGAACGUCAUGCAUCCACAGACACACAGACACACACAGGCGGGAAAAGGAAGUUGUCUUGUGCACAUGAAGGUGGAGGUGCAGAAUCCUUAGACCUCUACCUGGGACUGAGUGCUGAUGCAUGUUCGUAUUCACAGUCCUUCAGUCUCCAGUCGGUCAAAGCAAAGCUCACCUCCACCCCCUCCGUGCUUCAUCGAAGUAGAAUAGCAACAUGUCCCCCCCCCCCCCCUCUGUGGUCGUCUGUGAAUCCAGCCUCAAUGAAACGACCUUUUAACAAGAGAUCGAUGGAUCUAUAGAUUUACUGAGUUUUAUAACAGUGCCAUGACGGAGCUGUAUUCAGAGCCAUUAACGGUUGUACAGUUGUAUAAAGUAAGACGUUGCCCACGACGACGACCCACACCUCCAUCGCUGAGGGGAAGACGUUCAUGUGAGUGUAUUUCAAUGAGUGCCAUGUGUCCAGAUGGAAGGAAGGAAAGGUAUUGUCUCUCUGCCACGGCCCCAAACGAACAUAACUGAUGUUUUAUUACUGUAACCCUCGACGGGCUGAAGGUGAAGUCAUUGAGCUUCAAAAGUCACAAAUAGCAAAUUAAAAGAAAGCGCUGUUGAGCUAAAGAAGUCUCGCUUUCCUGAAUUAUGUUUCCAAACCCAUAUUGGGUUAAAAAUAUGAAAAUAGACUAAGUAUGCCUGGGGGAGGGCAUAAUAAUUUUAAGACCAUGUACAUGUGGGCUAAAUCCGGUUUUUACACAUGGUCCCAAUGAUGUUGCCUUUAUUUAGAUGCAGAAUGUAGCCUCGGUGAAGUGUCUGCUCUGCUCACAGUUUCAGUGAUGCCGUGUAUACUUGUAAUCAUGGAAGCCCGAGUUGAUCAUUGAUCAAUAAAACUGUCGUACACUU